UGGGCGGAGCCUCCUGUCUCCUCUCGUCCCCUCCUCGGAAGUAGACGUAUCGGUCUAUUCCGUUUAUUUUUAUAUAUUUUGUAUAAACCCCUUUUCCCCAACACGUAGCAAUAUGAACACCAAGAUGGACGAUUAAACCGAAGAACGGGUCCCCGAUUUCACCCCCAUAUUUUUCCUGGGAUUGAGAGGGCCGGAUGAAAUCCAACUGUGGUUGUCUCCGCUUCGCAGGGGAGGUAGCUGUAUCCAGUGGGGAGGUAGGCUUAACCAGGGGAGAGAAUGAAGAACUUCGAACCCUGGGGACGCCAGAGGCUGUCUUUUCUCCUGGAAAAGGCCGCCUCUAGGGAAGCCAAGAUGUGGAAGCUCUACGUGCCAAAGAAGUACUCCUCACAGGAUACAGACGUCACCCCUGCGCAGCGGGACGAGGCCGUGCGAUGGCUGACGGAUCUCCACAGCAGCCUGCAGCUGUACCCAGAGACCCUGGUGUUAGCUGUUAGCAUACUGGACCGCUUCCUCGCUCCCAUCAAGGCCCGUCCGAAGUAUCUGCGCUGCAUCGCCAUCGCCUGCUUCUUCCUGGCUGCUAAGACCUGCGAGGAGGACGAGCGUCUGCCCACUCUGAAAGAGCUUGCGGUCUCCAGCAGCUGUGGCUGUUCUCCGUCUGAGAUCCUGAGGAUGGAGCGGAUCGUUCUGGACAAACUGAGCUGGGAUCUGCACACCGCCACCGCACUGGACUUCCUGCAAAUCUUCCAUGCGACGGUGUUGUCGUGCCACUCGGGGUUUUUGGACUCCAUGUUGGAGCUGAACCCCUCGCAGCACCUCGCCCUGCUCACACGGAGACUGUACCACUGUCUGGCUGACCACACACUCUUACAGCUCAGAGGAUCCAUGCUGGCCCUGGCCCUCAUCACCCUGGAGCUGGAGACCUGUUGCCCUGAUUGGCUGGCUCUCACCAUCGAGCUGCUGAGGAAGGCACAGAUCGACAGCUCUGAGUUGAUCCGGAGUCGAGAGCUGGUGGCUCGUAGUCUGUCCACACUGAAAGCUUCCCUGCCUCCCAACACUGUCUACAUCUACCAACCCCUGCAGAGCAGCACCACCCUGCAGCCCCCGGACCCCUCGCCCUCCUGCUGCAUACUGGGGAUCCUCUCUGAGUCUUCCAGGGACCAUGUCCUGGUGGCCCCUGCUGAUGGGGGGGAGAAGAGCUCCACCUCCUCCUCCAGCAGCAGCAUGCCAGGUCUCCUCUCUCCUCCCAAACUCCUGCACCGCCCUCGCCACCCGAAGGUGCAGAAGGUCACGCUGCGCUGCAAGGCAUCCGCGAAGCGCAAGGUGGAGGAGAUGGAGGUGGACGACAUUUACGACGGCAUCAAGCGUCUCUACAACGAAGACGUUACCACCGCUGUCCAGGAGGGGGCGCUACCACCAGGAGGAGGAGGUCUGAGUGUCUGCAGCAUCCUGAUGCCCCGACAGGAAGGCAGCUCCUCCCCCUGCCCCCCCCUGCAGCCAGUCAGUGCCUCCUAGAGACCAAACAGGAAGCUCUAAACCAAAACCACCUCCACCCUGACAUCAUCAUCGCGAGAAUUACAAAGAAAUAACGUUUUCUGAACAAACAGUGAGGCGAUGGGCGACUCCCUGAGCAAUAGGCGACAAAAAGAAAUGUUACCAAUGUAUAAAAACCAACUUAAAGGCAGCUCCUCUGGGGAAGUUGUUAAAACACAAAUACAGCGGGUGAUGUCAGCGGUUCAGGUGGUUUUGGUUUCGGCGGUGCAAACCCCCAGUGUGACCUGAGGACAUUACCCAUCAUGCCCUGCAACAGGAAAACAGAGCCCCAAAAAAAAAAUUAAACAUGAAAAAAUGUACAAAAACAAGCGGCUGCUAAUAUUUAAUAAAUGAUAUCUGUUGAAUACAAUACUACAAAAUGAAAAAAAAAAUUAUAAAUACAAAAGAUACCUUCAAAAAAACCUAGAUUUUACUCCACCCAUCCCCCCCCCCCCCCCCCCCCCCACAUGUCUCUCUCUCAUCGUUCGUCAACCUUUUAUUGUUUUUCCAUUCUCUCCUUAUAUUUUAUAUAUUUAUGUUUGUAUUCUCUCAUCUUCUCUCUCCCACCUACCUCUGCAUGUUUUCAUCUCUCUGAAGUCGUGAAUCAAAUGACGAUUAUCUGCAUUACUCACCCAGACAGAGAAACGUUGUUUUUAGUGAAGUGCAAUUUUAAUUGUUAUUAAGAUGCUAAUAUAAAUAUCCCUCUCAGCUUGUGACGGCUUGACUGAAUGAACGUUUCUCAGGUUGUUUUAUUCUUCCCCAAAAAAAAAAAAAGGCUUACGGUUUCUAAUGAAGCCCCUUGAAUGCAUCGUCUACGAGAAGUCUCAUGGAAACAUCCAGGUUUUGGGACCUUUACACAAACAAAGGGACCUCGUAAAAUCAAACUCUCCAUGGUUUCUGUGUUGAAGCACUUAAGAGGGGAUUAAACCUAUAUAUUCACAUGUAAUAAAAACAACCUUGAGUUAUUUAAAGCAUUUUAAUAUUGAGCUAAGAGACAAAUGUGUUUUUUGAGUUGGUGUCUGAGCUUCACCAGAAGACAAGUGGCACUUUAAUGUUCACUUUAAAAGUAAAAACGACGCUGUUUUCACCUUGAAGUUCUUUUUGAUAUGAUUUUAUUCCUGCAAAAAGCUCUGUUCCUCCUGCUGUGGGAGCUGCUGGGGGGCGCUGCUCCAGGUCACUUGAAUGAACCAAUAAAUAAAAAGACAUGAAGUAUGAAAACUCA